GCAAUUUCGGGACCUUAGAGGCUUAACGAACUGUGCGGAGUUUGCUCAUCGUCCACGCGCAGAUUUGCUGCAUUCCGCACUUCCCCGCUGCAAGAUUAUCUGCACAAUGCCUCUUCAGAUUGUGCCCCUCGCGAAAUCCUCCACCUGCAUGGCCGCCGCGCUGCUGUCGUCUUCGCUCUGCCUCACAUCCGCCUCUGCCGCGGCUGUUACCUCGGCCUCUGUGAAUUCGUCGUUCGCUCUCCGAGCACCCGUCGAAUUGUCCUGCUCCCUGUCAUCGGCAUCCGCUUCGUCCUGCUUCGGCCAGAGGUUCCAACUCGCGUUCGCGCCCUCCGUCUCCUCCUCUCCUGCUCCCGCUCGCCGCUCCAUGACGACCAACGCCUCCUCUGCUACUGCUCCCGCUACUGCCAAGAGCAUCCAUGAAUUCACCGUCAAGAAUAAUGCGGGCGAGGAUGUGGAUCUCAGCGUUUACAAGGGAAAGGUCUUACUCAUAGUGAAUGUUGCCUCUGCCUGUGGCUUGACCAAGGAUAACUACACGGAGUUGACUGGGCUCUACAACGGCCUUCGGGACAAGGGUUUGGAAAUUUUAGCUUUUCCCUGCAACCAGUUUGGUGGCCAGGAACCCGGCACCAAUGAGCAGAUCAAGGAAUUUGCUUGCAGCAGAUUCAAAGCGGAGUUCCCUAUUUUUGACAAGGUCGAUGUGAAUGGACCAAACACUGCCCCCGUCUACCAGUUUUUGAAGGCAAACAAGGGUGGAGGCAUCCUAGGUGACAGCAUCAAGUGGAACUUUGGGAAAUUUUUGGUUGACCAGGAAGGGAAUGUCGUGGAGAGAUAUGCUCCUACCACAUCCCCAAAAUCGAUCGAGGAGGAUAUUGUUCGGUUGAUCGGAAUGCCACCUGCUCCCCUGCCCGAAGCCCCUCCGCAGGCGCCUCCGCAAUGAAGAAAUCAAUUGAGCGAGUGGUUCGUUUUUUGCUUGUCUUAACAGAAGGACAUCAGGAAUCUUCUAGGCGUUUGAGCGGGCUCGAAGGGCCUGUCAUAGUAAGAAGUGUAGAAUAAGAACGGCACCGUACUCUGGCUUUUACACUCGUGCAAGGGUGGAGGCAUGUAUUUCUAUGAGCUCAGGUUUUCAUGAGAACUAAGUUCUCAGUUCGCCAUUUACAUCUUAAAGGAUUUACAUCAUCAAGGAUUUUGUUUGCUUGAGAAUCUGAAAAUUUCUUGGUUUGAUUC